GUCAAAAGCUCUCCGCUCCGGUUUCGUCUCUGCGGCACCAAAGCGGAAGCACUUCAUUGGUCCGCGAGGCCAAGAUCAACGCUACUGAACAUCUGAACAUCAAAGAUGGCUCACAGGCUGCUAGUACGUAGAAUUUGGACGCUGUCUGCGAAAGAUAUCCGCUGCCUCCCAGCAUCCACUGCCACCACCGCCUCCUCUUCUUAUUCCACCUCCCUGCAGUCCGCCGCGGCCCGGGUCUCCUUCCUUUCUCCCUCACGCACUCUGCCGCGCUCCCUUCCUCACACCUCCCGCCGGGAAGUCUCCUUCAAUGUUCAGGACCAUGAGGACUUCACAGAGAGGGUCAUCAACAGCCAGCUGCCCGUGCUAAUCGACUUCCAUGCGCAGUGGUGUGGUCCCUGUAAGAUCCUCGGGCCAAGGUUGGAAAAGGCUGUUGCGAAACAGCAAGGCCGUGUUGCCAUGGCGAAAGUUGACAUAGACGAUCACACAGACUUGGCAAUUGAAUACGGGGUGUCUGCGGUUCCGACAGUAAUCGCCAUGCGAGGAGGCGAUGUGGUCGACCAUUUUGUGGGGAUCAAAGACGAUGAUGAGCUGGACUCAUUUGUCAGCAAGAUUAUUGGACAAUAAACCAACUGUCCCACGCCCUGCCGUUGACCACCGUUACGGUGCUGUUGUACGAUUGUGGCACAGUUGGCAGCCCUUAGACGCCAAACAAAUAAACAAAAACUUGCCACAGUCCCAGCUGGCAAACGUUCAAAUGCUCACACCCAUCCCAAGACACACGACUUCAGCUUUGCAUCUUCCUGUUUCCCUCCGUUUCUUUUGUCUUGGGAUGGGUGU